UAACAAUGAAGAUGAAAAUUAUGAUAAUGAAGAAAUAAGUAAUAAUGAAGAAGAACAAAUUAAUGAAAUAAAAAAUGAAAAUAUAAUUUGUGAUGAAAAUAUGGAAAAUAAUGAAUUAGACUAA